GGUGUCUGAAGGAAAAAUGGCGGUCAGAGUUUAGAAUCGUGCUCACGUCGAUGAGUUUAAUAUGGGAAUCAUUGGUCGUAUUUUAGUCUUUUUUGGCCUGGCUGCUAUAUUGCAUGCCGGUUACUCAGCAGUUCAAUGUCGAACUUAUUACAAGUUGCUGGAAGAAGAAUUUCCUGGCCUGCCUCCUGAUGUUUGCAUUCAGUGCAUUGUAGGGCUGAUCAUAGGCUGUUUGGGUGUGGCUCAUAUGGCUGGAGAAUUUAAAGAAAUUAGAGCAGCUGCAGAGAUGGCCAACAAGAGCUGGGAAUCAUUUGGCAACCGGCCUUCAUUUUACACCUACAGUCAUAGAGGGAAGAUGUUAUUUUUGGCAAAUGAAGGGGUCAAAGAUUAGUGUCAUUCUGUGGCUAUCUGUAUUACCAUGGAGUAUGUUUGUAUUGAAUUACACAGACUCUGAAUCUUGAAGGAAGCUAUGAGGACUGAAAGAUGAUGGCUUAAUUCGCAAUUAUUGUACUUCUGCCUUUCCCACGUAUGCCGCAAACAGGCUAGCAGACUCUUGUACAAAGCAACUGAAUGAUGUCAAAAUAUGUUGUAUGUAAAAACUACAAAUUUCGAUUUGUCUACAGUAUUUACCCUUUCGUGAAUUGCUUAUAAUGUUCCUAAUAUAGACUUUAUUGUAUUACUCCGACAUACUCACUGCAGGAAGCAUACAAAAACGAAGCCUAGUUCAGUAUUAAUGGUCGCCGGUCUAGUAACCCAAGAGUCAUCUCGCCUAAAGUCAUGUCGCCCAAAACCGGAGUCAGGUCGCUCGAUACUGUCGCUCGAAAGCGGAGUCUAGUCACUCAAUACUUUUAGUCAUGUUGCCCGGUAAAAGUGGAAAUGAUAAAUACAAUGGCCUCUAAGAUCUAUAAGUAAUUUGAAUUGUUCGAGUCCCAUUAAAUUCCUGAAACUUGUAGGUAAAACUUCAUUCCAGAGAUCGUGCAAUUACUGACUGUUUUAAGUUUUAUUCUUAAACAGAAUGUUCCAUUCGCUGCGCUCUUUCGCUUUUUUUCAAUCUAAUUUUUCGGCAGAGCUUUUAAGUUUAGGUAUUAGUAAACAAUUUUUAUCUUAGGAUUUGCAAUGAUAAUAGGACUGCUUGGAGUCU